AGUUUAUGCUUGAGGAGGGAGCCGCUUCCCAUCGCUCUCACAGACCAGGCGCCAAGUGUAGCAGUCCCGUCCGCAGUCUGCCUCCGCACCUCUGACGCCCGCUGUACCCAUGGAUACUGCCGCCCCGCUCAUUUCCAUACCGCACUGACUAACCGUAUCUCUCAACGAGGUACCCUGGAUAUUUACUUCUGGACUGUUGUGUUCACUGUCCUGUGUCCCCUGCGCUGCGUGACGCGAAUGGAGAAGGUCCAAGGAUAACAGAGGGUGCAGGAUUUUGCUACUGCAGAAGACCUGCCGGUCGCUGCUCGCCUGUCUGUCAGAGGCUGUGGUGUCGCAUCCAAUAUUUUCAUUAUCUAAAUCGCCUUGCAUGGAUGCAUCAUGGCUACGUUUAUAUGCCGGGUACAGUUCUUAGAUGAUACUGAUCCAUUUAACAGCACCAAUUUCCCCGAGCCCACCAGGCCACCUCUGUACACUUUCAGGGAAGAUAUUCCUCUGAUAAAUCAGAUUGCUGGAGUCCACAGGCUGCUUAAAGCCCCGCAUAAGCCUGAUGACUGUGCCCUUCAGCUGUCCCACAAUGGCAGCUAUCUGGACCUGGAGUCGACCCUGGCAGAGCAGAGGGAUGAACUGGAGGGAUUUCAGGAGGAAGGAGGAAGAGGCAAGAAACACAGCGUUAUUCUUCGAACACAGCUGUCCGUCAGAGUUCAUGCCUGCAUUGAAAAACUCUACAAUUCAACUGGACGGGAGCUGCGGAGAGCCCUCUUUUCCCUCAAGCAGAUUUUUCAGGAUGACAAAGACCUGGUGCACGAGUUUGUUGUGGCGGAAGGACUGACGUGUUUGAUAAAAGUGGGCGCUGAAGCCGACCAGAACUACCAGAAUUACAUCCUCAGGGCUCUUGGUCAGAUAAUGCUGUAUGUGGAUGGGAUGAACGGCCUCAUAUCUCACAAUGAAACGGUCCAGUGGCUUUACACCCUGGUCGGAUCCAAGUUCCGUCUGGUGGUGAAGACAGCCCUAAAGCUGCUGCUGGUGUUUGUGGAGUACACCGAGUCUAACGCCGUGCUGCUCAUAAAGGCUGUGAACAUUGUGGAUGCCAAAAGAGGCACAAAAUUGUGGUCAAACGUCAUCGAGAUCCUGGAUGAGAAGGAUGGAGUGGAUACAGAGCUGCUGGUUUAUGCGAUGACACUCAUCAAUAAGACUCUGGCAGGCCUCCCAGAUCAGGACUCAUACUACGACAUGGUGGACUGUCUGGAGGAGCAGGGCAUCGAAGCCGUGGCCCAGAGACACCUGAGCAGGAAAGGCACUGACCUCGACCUGGUAGAACAGUUCAACAUCUACGAGAUAUCUCUCCGCCAUGAGGACGGAGACGAUGAUACCCAGUUGCCUCCCAGCAUCCGCAAGGACCGCCGACGGGCCAGUGUUGGUGGCACCAACGAGAGGCGAGGCCUGGAGAGAAGACGCAGCCGGAGACAUUCACUCCAAAAUAGCAGAGGCCACACUUCUGCUCCAGCAUCACCCAGCAGCCCUCAUACUCACGCAAGCAGCUUCCUGCCCUUUGGUGGCCAACGUGUUGAAGACAUCAGUGAAAGAGAAGAGGAAGAGGAAGAAGAGAAGGAGGAAGGAGAAGAGGAGGAGGAGGAGGAGGGAGAGGAGGAGGAGGAAGAGGAGGAGGAGGAGGAUGACGACGAGGCAGAUGAUGAAAGUCAUCCAGUCACUGAGUCCUCUAGACAGGGCACUCGCAGUGUGGCUCCGGCUGUAGCAGACUCUCCUAACAUGUGUUUGAACUUAAAGUGUAUGGCCAACAUCCUCCCUAAUGCCAGUGACCAGCCAGGGCAGAGAGAAUAUCUCAGCGUCAAGACCAGGACAUCUCUUCCUGUGUCCGUCGCACCUAAAAAGAGGACCUUUAGUCCUCGGCGUGUUCCUCCCCAGCCACCUGACUGUGUCUUCCGUGUUGCUCUGAGUAGAGUGCCAGGCUCAGCACACCCUCAGUGUCAGUCUACCCCAGCCUCACCCCCCUUCCCUCCCCCUCCCCCUCCCCCUCCCCCUCGACCUCUCCCUCCGUCCCUUGACUUGAACCAGAGCCAGGUGUCUAUCGGGGCCGAGGAGAGUGAGAAGGGCCAGGACAGAGAAAGGCACUACAGUCUGACAGAUAUAAACAACUCUCCUACAUCUUACACAACUAGAAAGCCCUGCUGGGCUGACAGAAUCAGUGGCAAAGGCAGUCCAUACCCUGGCAGGCACCAGGCUCCUACAUCACCCAUCCAUCGCUUCACUAGUUCAGCAAGCUCCACACCAGACUGCAAAUCAGUUGACAGACCUGCUCUAGGGGGCUUGCUAACUUCAUCGUACAGACAGCAUCAAGAGUCUCUGGCUGCAGAGAGAGAGAGGAGACGCCUGGAAAGAGAAGAGCGUCUGCAGAGAAUCGAAAGAGAUGAGAGGAACCGCUUCAAUCGAGAUUAUGCAGAUAAGAGGGAAGAAGCAAGACAAGCCAGAGAGGAAAGGUACAAGGCUGUGGAGAGGCUAGCUGCAGAGGAGUUUGAGCGGGAGCGCCCCAGGGUGCCAUCAAGAGGACGGACAGAGAUCACUUUGUGUUUGAGUCCCAACCCUGCCAGCCGCUCUGCGUCCCGCUGUUCCACAACUCCAUCCAUUAUCUCACAGGAAGACACUGCACACCAGACGUCAGGAACAGAACAUAUCUCAGAGCCAAACCUUGACCCACAGACAAGAACCAAAAGUCCAGCGCCAGAGUUAACAGUAUCAGAACCUUCCCCCACACCUCCCUCCGAGCCAGACAAGCAGCAGACUGAGACAGAGUCGCCUGCAGAGACAGAGGAUGUUGCUGAGAUUCCGUCCGACCAGAAUGUAGUGGCAGAGGCGACGUCAGAUGAAAAGUCAGGCAUGGAGAAAGAAGAGCGCCAAGAGCAGGAAAAGCUUGAGGAACAGACACAGUGCAUGGAUGAGGUAGAAGUAGAAGAGCACGUAGAGGAGGCGGAGGUAGCAGAUGUAGCAGAGGUGGGAGAGCCAGAUGUGGAGGUGAAUGUCGAGUUAGAGGAGGUGUUUGAGAAGGAGCAGCCCACGGAAAGGGAUGUAGAAGACGGUGUACUGCUUAGCGAGAAGGAGAGACAGAACGAGGAGGUGAAUGAAAAAGACAACUGCUCUGCAUCCAGCAUCUCCUCCACGAGUAGCACUCUGGAGAGAGAGGAGCGGGAGGAGAAACUCACUAAUGACAUUGAAGCAGGCCAAUGGACCCAGUGCAUUAAAGAUGCAGAUGUUAACGACCAGUGCAACAAAAUACUCAACAACAAGCGCUUCAUGCUGGACAUGCUCUAUGCUCAGACGACAGCCAGUAAUGAUGAAGGGAAUGUAGCAGAAACGGAGAAAGAAAACUGUAAAUGUGAGAAGGAGACAGAGGAUAGUGACCCCUCUGUGACUAGCUUGGCCAGCAGGAUCUCCACACUGGAGGCUCACAGACAGGCCAGAGAAGAAAAUGUGAAGAAGAUGGAGGUGGGACAUCUGGACAACCAGGGCAGUGUCCGAGCAGUGGCGGAGAAGUUUGGAGAUUUGGUCAAAGGCCUAACGUGUCCUUCUGAGGUUGAGGUCUCAAAAGAGCAGCAGCAGACUGACAAAUCACCAAGCGCUGCCUCAUCAAGCCUUCCCCCUAAGAAAGAGUCAGACUAUAUCUGGGAUCAGCUGAUGGCCACACCCAGGGAGCUGCGGAUCAAAGAAAUGGACUUCACGGACCUGAGGGAUGAAGAUGACAUGGACAUUUUAGAUAUGGACAGUGUAAUGGGGCCGAGUGACCUGAUACCACCACCUCCCCCUCCACCAUGCAAUGCUGCCCUGCCACCACCCCCACCCCUGUUUGGGUGCCCCCCUCCUCCUCCCAUCCUUGGCAAAAUGAUGCCCCCACCCCCACCAUUCAUGCCCCCAAUCCCUCCACCCUCCCCUCAGCUGAGUCGAGGGGAUAUGCCUCUCUUCCAAAAGAAAAAGAAGACCAUUCGUCUCUUCUGGAAUGAAGUGCGUCCCGUGGACUGGCAGUGUAAGAGUCAUAAAUUCUGUAAGGAGUCCCUCUGGUCCAAACUGGAGCCAGUUAAACUGGACACAUCCAAGCUUGAGCAGCUGUUUGAGUCCAAAUCCAAGGAGCUGCCUGUCACGAAGAAAGUAGCUGUUGAUGGCAAACGACAAGAAAUCAUAGUCCUGGAUUCAAAACGCAGCAAUGCUAUAAACAUUGGCUUGACUGUCUUACCUCCUCCUCGCACCAUUAAGACCGCUAUCCUCAACUUUGAUGAGUAUGCACUGAACAAGGAAGGCAUUGAGAAAAUCCUGACAAUGAUCCCCACAGAGGAGGAGAAGCAGAAGAUCCAGGAGGCUCAGCUAGUCAACCCUGAUAUUCCCCUGGGCAGUGCUGAACAGUUCCUUCUCACCCUCUCCUCCAUCACAGAGCUGUCUGCUCGCCUGCAGCUGUGGGCAUUCAAGAUGGACUAUGAGCUUAUUGAGAAGGAAGUGGCAGAGCCUCUGCAGGACCUGAAGGAAGGGAUGGACCAGUUAGAGAAAAACAAGACACUCCGCCACAUCUUGACCACACUGCUGGCCAUUGGCAACUUCCUCAAUGGCACUAAUGCUAAAGGCUUUGAGCUGAAUUACUUGGAAAAAGUCCCGGAGGUAAAGGACACGGUUCAUAAGCAGUCCCUGCUGCACCACGCCUGCUCCAUCGUGGUGGAGAAGUUUCCAGACAGCACUGACCUCUACUCUGAGAUAGGAGCCAUCACCCGCUUGACCAAGGUGGACUUUGACCAGCUUCAAGAUAAUCUGGCCCAGAUGGAGCGUAGGUGCAAAGCAUCAUGGGAUCACCUCAAGGUCAUUGCGAAACAUGAGAUGAAACCAGCAUUGAAACAAAAAAUGUCAGACUUCCUCAAAGAUUGUGCAGAGAGAAUUAUUAUUCUGAAGAUUGUACAUCGAAGAAUACUCAACAGGUUCCAUGCCUUUCUGCUGUUCCUGGGCCAUCCAAUAUAUGCCAUACGUGAGGUUAGCAUUCAUCGAUUUAGCAAGAUCCUGAGUGAAUUUGCCCUGGAGUAUCGCACAACAAGAGAGCGCGUGCUACAACAGAAACAGAAGAGGGCCAACCACAGAGAGAGGAACAAGACCAGGGGGAAAAUGAUAACAGAUAGUGAGGAUGAAGAUAAUAGUGAGAGUGGUAAAUUUGGCAGUGGCCCAUCAGACACACAGGACAGCCAGCCUCAGGGUAUCCAGUAUGCUGAAGAUGCAGCUGAACAUGAGAACAUGAAGGCCGUACUAAAGAGUAGCCUGCAGAUCGGAGAGAGCGCGACAUCCACGGUGCCAGGCCUCCGUACACGCACCAGAGCCAGCAGCACCCGAGGGUGUGUUCCCCCAUGGUGCUCUGCCAGUGACGACGCAGUGAACUGCACAGAUGAUACAGCUGAUGAGAUCAUGGAGAGGAUUGUUAGGUCAGCCACUCAGGGGCCCAGCCAGCGGACGCAACCUCGGGAGAGGAGACGAUCCCGAGCCAACCGAAAAUCAUUGAGGAGAACACUGAAGAAUGGUUUGACAACAGAGGAGGCAAAUGCUCUCGGCUUGUCCAGCGGUUCAGAGAUGCAGGUGUGAGAUGGACAUAAGGACGUCUGGGAGCCCUUUCACUGCCCCUUCAAUUCCAACUCCUACCCUGGCAACCCACUCCACUCUGGCUUGGCACUAAAAUCCCCCCCAGCUUCAAUGAGUUGACCUCAUCUUUAUGCGUUUGGUACAUAGGCUUGACACAAGUGCUUCCUGAAGAGAGUGGAUAAAAGGUUUUAUUCAUGAACUGACGGUCAGAGAGAGCAGAAAUGGAGCGCUGCAUCCAAACCACUAAGCUUUGCUAUUGCUGAAAAAACAUCAUUGACAUGCACUCACAAGGCUUACACACAAUCACCCUUUAAACGUGACAUUGCAUACAAACAACUGUGCAAAAGUGUUUUUUACAGUGGAGGGCAUCAAGAGUUGGCAGUGUGUGUGCUUCAAUCUCAGUGGCCUUGACUGAAUCCAAAGGGCAAGAAGUGUGGUACAGACACUAAACUCUCCGCUGCUUGGGUUUAGUGUCAGCCCUGCAGCUUUAGAGAAAAUUAAAGACAUUUCAUCUGUUGAAUAGAUGGCUUUGUGCAGAGGGUUAUUCUGUUAUAUACUACUGUAGUAGUUUGUAUUUUUUUUUCCUUUCGUUUUGCUCAAGAAGGUGCUCAAAUAAGGAACAAUUGCACUGGAUAUAAGAGUUGGGUAUCAAUGGAAUGUGAAAUCCUUGACACUGAUGAACCACUGACAUCUGAAAUAUACUCAAUUGUUUAACCAGCAAAUCAACAGUAGCACAGUUUUUAAUGUCUAAUCAAAGUGGACACAUUUGAGGCAGAUGAGCAUCUAAAGCUUUGUCAAAUGUCUGUUAGUUGACUGGAUAAGAAGGAUUUAUCAGAGAAACAUCUUUUUAAAGAUCACAGUCAACAAUUCUGUUACUGCGGGUGAUACCACUAGUUUCAGACUAAUUCUCAAUAUUUGUAGGUUGUACACAAAUGUAUAAACAAAUGUAUUCAAGAUGCAUCAUGUGUGAACUAUUCUCACUGAUGGACUGAACAGUGGGAGACAGUAUGAGGAAGGCAGAUGCAGUGUUACACGUGAGCAAUCUUCAGAGUUAUGUAGUUUUAUCUUCUAGAAACUAUGAGCUGCACAUCUCAGAGUGCCUUUCAGAGACAGUUAUUUAUUAAGACGUUUUCAGGGACAUAUAAUCAAGAAAAUGUUACAGAUGUGCAGUCUGAGGAGCAAGCAAGAGGAUAAUACUGCAACGUACAUCACUCACGAGCUGUGAUUUAUUUUUAACCAGUGUUUUUAAACAAAAUUAUUUUUUUUCCAUGUUAUGUCUCGGAUCAAAUAGUAUGUUAUGAAGAUAGCUUUAAAGUAUUUAUGAAAAUUUAGGAUUGGUCAUGCACAUUAGCUGUAUCCUGUUGCCUUACUGUAGAAUACGGACAUGCAUUGUUCCACUCUAGUCGAGACCUCGGUAAAAUAUAAGUUAAAAAUAGACCAGGCCAAAUUAAUAUGUAGUUUAACCGGCAUCACUGGAGAUCUCAGUUUGUCAAUCAUUGGAUAUUCAUCCCCUAACUAUGAAUAUGAACAUCAGGGUUUACAUGAGAAUUAGUAAUAUGGACGCACAUUAAAUGUCCAUUAUUUAUCUAUUUUAAAACAUGUAAAUCUGAAUUGAAGUGAAUAAGAAAGAGCCCGCCGUUUUUUUUUUUUUAUUAUGUAGUUCGAACUAUUGAAGUCGUAUUGCUAUUAAUUUGGAAUGGCCUUGGCUUAAUUAAUAAUCAUUUCAGUUUAUAUCAUGGCAAGGUAAAUCUAUCCACUAGCAAAUUUUCACUGUGAUGGAAACAUAGCCAUUGAGAGAAACAAGAAUCUAGCGCAACAUCAUGAUAAGGCUACAUAAAACCACACCAGCAGUACGUUUUUUGAAGAAUUAACUGAAAACUAUUCAGCACCUUAGACUCAAUGUGUAGCAUGCAACUUAGGAGAACUGAAGUUAGUGGGGGGGAGCUCAUUGGGUUUCCCAGAUUGUACUGAUUUUUGUCAAAAACAAGACAGAAUAGAUGUGUAAAGUAAUAUAGGGGGAAUGCUGUAAAAUGAUGUACAUGUCAUGACAAUGUCUUUGUUGUUCCUGUUUUUUUUUUUUGCUCCAUGUGUAGAAUAGUGUAUAAUAGACUAAAAGCAGUAUUAUUCUAAAUAUAAUUUAAGCAAACCAAGCCAUACUUGGUUUAAAAAGGUGUCACUUCUGCUUGAUACAAAAGGAGGUUCACUUCGGUUCUCAGAGCUGUAGGGUUUGUGUUAUUAAACCUUUUUACUUCACAGACUGCAAAGUAAACAAACGUAGUGAAAACGUGCAGUGAUGAAGUUCACCAGCUAGUCCUGUGGAAUCCCUUAGAAGCCUUUGAUUUCAUUGCACUCAACAUGUUCUUCUUUUAACAUUAGCCCACCACACACAUUGCUGCCUGUGCCAUAAUAUCACUGUGGAACUUUGACACAAAUCUAUACAACCAAGGCUUCUAUUGCGUCUAUGCCCACAGCAAAAACUAUGUAACAAAUACAAUAAAAAGGCUCGUUGAAACAUC